GCAACAGCAGCAGCAGCAGCAACAGCAGCAACAGCAACAGCAGCAGCAGCAGCAGCAGCAGCAGCAACAGCAGCAGCAGCAGCAGGAGCAGCAAUAGCAGCAACAGCAGCAGCAGCAACAGCAGCAGGACCAGCAGCAGCAAUAGCAGCAAUAGCAGCAGCAGCAACAGCAGCAGGAGCAGCAGCAGCAAUAGCAGCAAUAGCAGCAACAGCAGCAGCACCAGCAGCAGCAAUAGCAGCAAUAGCAGCAGCAGCAACAGCAGCAGGAGCAGCAGCAGCAAUAGCAGCAAUAGCAGCAACAGCAGCAGGAGCAGCAGCAGCAAUAGCAGCAACAGCAGCAGCAGCAGCAGGAGCAGCAGCAGCAGCAGCAAUAUCAGCAAUAGCAGCAGCAACAGCAGCAGGAGCAGCAGCAGCAAUAGCAGCAAUAGCAGCAACAGCAGCAGCAGCAGCAAUAGCAGCAGCAGCAACAGCAGCAGGAGCAGCAGCAGCAAUAGCAGCAACAGCAGCAGCAGCA